AUGGUCUUGCCAAGAUUAUAUGCUGCUUCUUCUCGUGCAGCUAUGAAAGCUGCGAGACGUGCUACUCCAUUCACUGCUGCAAGAGGGUUGGCCUCUGCUACUCCAGCUACCGAAGGUAAGGUUAGAGCUGUCAUUGGUGCAGUUGUUGACGUUCAAUUCGAUCAGGGGAGCUUGCCAGCUAUUUUGAAUGCUUUGGAGAUCAAGACACCCGAAGGUAAGUUGGUUUUAGAAGUUGCUCAACAUUUAGGUGAGAAUACCGUCAGGACAAUUGCUAUGGACGGUACUGAAGGUUUGGUUCGUGGUGAGAAGGUUAUUGACACUGGUGCUCCAAUUUCCGUUCCAGUUGGUAGAGAGACUUUAGGUAGAAUUUUGAAUGUUGUUGGUGACCCAAUUGAUGAGAGAGGCCCAAUCAAGAGCAAAAAGAGAAUGCCUAUACACGCUGACCCACCUACUUACGUUGAACAGUCCACAGCUGCUGAGGUUUUGGAAACCGGUAUCAAGGUUGUUGAUUUGUUAGCUCCUUACGCCAGAGGUGGUAAGAUUGGUUUGUUCGGUGGUGCUGGUGUUGGUAAGACUGUGUUCAUCCAGGAGUUGAUCAACAACAUUGCUAAGGCUCAUGGUGGUUUUUCUGUGUUCACUGGUGUCGGUGAAAGGACUAGAGAGGGUAAUGACUUGUACCGUGAAAUGAGAGAAACUGGUGUUAUCAACUUGGAAGGUGAAUCCAAGGUGGCCUUGGUUUUUGGGCAAAUGAACGAGCCACCAGGAGCUAGAGCUAGAGUUGCCUUAACUGGUUUGACCAUUGCCGAAUACUUCAGAGAUGAAGAGGGUCAAGAUGUCUUGCUUUUCAUUGAUAACAUUUUCAGAUUUACCCAAGCUGGUUCCGAGGUUUCUGCGUUGCUAGGUCGUAUCCCAUCUGCUGUCGGUUACCAACCUACUUUGGCCACUGAUAUGGGUUUGUUGCAAGAAAGAAUUACCACCACUAAGAAGGGUUCUGUCACCUCCGUGCAAGCUGUCUACGUGCCAGCAGAUGAUUUGACUGAUCCUGCUCCUGCUACUACUUUUGCCCAUUUGGAUGCUACUACCGUCUUGUCUAGAAGUAUUUCUGAGUUAGGUAUCUACCCAGCUGUUGAUCCAUUGGACUCCAAGUCUAGAUUGUUGGAUGCUGCGGUUGUGGGUCAAGAUCACUACGAUGUGGCCACCAAAGUUCAACAAACCUUGCAAGCUUACAAGUCCCUACAGGAUAUCAUCGCUAUUUUGGGUAUGGAUGAAUUGUCCGAGCAAGAUAAGUUGACCGUUGAAAGAGCUAGAAAGAUUCAAAGAUUCUUGUCUCAACCAUUUGCUGUUGCCGAAGUUUUCACCGGUAUCCCAGGUAGAUUAGUUAGAUUGAAGGACACUGUUGCUUCUUUCAAAGCUGUCUUAGACGGUAAGUACGAUCACUUGCCAGAGAAUGCCUUCUACAUGGUCGGUGGUAUCGAGGAUGUUGUUGCAAAGGCUGAAAAGUUGGUUGCUGAAGCCAAUUAA